AUGAGUUCUGGUGUUGAAGGGAAUACCAAUAUUAGUGCACCACUUAACAUCAGCUACAAAAUAAGCCUCUCACCAUGUUAUUAUGUGCAAUUGGAUAAUGUCAAAAAUCUAUUCAAUACGUCCUUGAGUGAGAAAUACGGGCGAGUUGAAAUAUUUGUUGAAGGGAUUUAUGAUCCUGAGACUGGGUGCCUUCGCAUGGUUGAAUGCAGAUAUCUUUCCUUGAGCAGUCAGAAGCUGAAAAACGAUUCAAUGGACUGUGAGGUUCUUGUCAAUCUUCAGUUUCCUCCACUAAAUGCGAAGAAAAAUGGGGUCUAUAUUAGGGGAACCAUCAUAAGUGCUCGCAAAGAUUCUGAUCCUCUUUACUUUGAGCCUCUUCAUGUCACCUCAACUGCUUCUUACACCAUCUGGGAAAGAAAAUCAAUAUGGCGGAUGGAUUUGGAGAUCCUCAUGGCUCUAGUCUCCGACACACUUGCCUGUGUUUUUAUCGUGUUCCAACUUCUGUAUGUGAAAAAGAACCCCACAGUUCUGCCUUUCAUUUCGCUUCUCAUGCUCACAAUUUUGACUCUGGGUCACAUGAUAGUACUUGUGUUGAACUUUGAAGCCUUGUUCUUGCGAACCAGCAAUCACCAAAGUGCCUUCCUUGGAAGCGGAGGAUGGCUAGAAGUGCACGAAGUGAUUGUAAGAAUAGUCACAAUGGUGGCUUUUCUGUUACAAUUUCGUCUUCUCCAGCUUUCAUGGUCCAAAAGCAUGGGUGAAAACAACCAUAAGGCCUUGUGGGCUGCAGAGAAGAAGGCAUUAUUUCUGUCUUUGUCUUUGUAUCUAGCUGGAGGUUUAAUAACUUUUUAUGCAAGCUGGAAGAACAACAAUGUUGGGUUUUCAACCCAAUAUUAUUAUUAUUCUGAAUUUGACAACAACCAGCAUUCUCUUUGGAGGGACUUGAGAUCUUAUGCUGGUUUCAUCCUGGAUGGUUUCCUUUUCCCACAAAUAUUCCUCAACAUGUUUUACAACUCCAGGGAAAAUGCACUUUCUUGCUUCUUUUACAUCGGAUUCACCUUGGUUCGCUUGGUGCCACAUGCAUAUGACCUUUAUAGGACUCACAACUAUGUCCAAUAUUUUGAUGGUUCAUACAUAUAUGCAGACCCUGCUGCAGAUUUUUACUCCACUGCUUGGGAUGUCACCAUCCCACUUGUUGGCAUCCUUUUUGCCGCAAUCAUAUACCUCCAGCAGCGAUUUGGCGGACGGUGUUUCCUUCCUUGCAGGUUCAGGGAGGUGGAAGUAGUUUAUGAGAAGGUACCCGAAGCUAGUGAAGAAUGGAAUGAGUGUCGUUGGUGUAAUAUAGUAAACUUUGUAUUGCAUUUUUUACUUCUGCCUGAUUCCAUGCUGGUGAAGUUGUACUGGAAAGCCUCUUUGUAA